ACCAGCUGCAAGCGCGCGCGCAGAUGACAAGGACGCUGGGUCACCGGGUGAACGCUCUCCAAUUCCGUUCCUUUCGCGGGCCGCGUGACGGGUCGUGGCCAAUAGGAAGCAAAAGCGGGUUGUUCCAAAAACACACACACGCACACACACACACACACACACACACCCAGUCGCUUCCUGCUUCCGCCUGGGCUCCUCUUCCUGCCGGCGUCUGGGAGCCCCGCAGCCCGCAUCGCCGCAGUGCCCAGAAUCCGAGUCCCCAGAGCCACCGCCUGCGCCCCGGAAUCCCCACACCCUCCUAAUCUUGCGCCCCGGAGACCCUGCGCCUUCGCAGUCCCGCGCCGUGGAGCCGCUGCAACCUCAGAAUCCUGCGUCUCACGUCCCCACAAUCCCCGCGUCCCCGGGCGCUCCUCGCAACCUUGGUGGCGGCCGUCAGACCACGCGGACAGCGCCGCCGUCCUUCGCCCGACCCGCGCCAUGGCCGCCCCCGACCUGUCCACCAACCUCCAGGAGGAGGCCACCUGUGCCAUCUGCCUCGACUACUUCACUGACCCGGUGAUGACAGACUGCGGUCACAACUUUUGCCGCGAGUGCAUCCGGCGCUGCUGGGGCCAGCCUGAGGGCCCUUACGCGUGUCCCGAGUGCCGCGAGCUGUCCCCGCAAAGGAACCUGCGGCCCAACCGCCCGCUCGCCAAGAUGGCCGAGAUGGCGCGGCUCCUGCACCCGCCGUCGCCGGUCCCGCAGGGCGUGUGCGCCGCGCACCGCGAGCCACUGGCAGCUUUCUGCGGCGACGAGCUGCGCCUUCUGUGCGCGGCCUGUGAGCGCUCUGGAGAACACUGGACACACCGCGUGCGCCCGCUACAGGACGCAGCCGACGAUCUCAAGGCAAAGCUGGAAAAGUCACUGGAGCACCUUCGGAAGCAAAUGGAAGAUGCACUGCUUUUCCAAGCCCAGGCUGAUGAGACCUGCGCUUUGUGGCAGAAGAUGGUGGAGAGCCAGCGGCAGAACAUGCUAGGUGAGUUCGAGCGCCUGCGCCGCCUGCUGGCUGAGGAAGAGCGGAGGCUGCUGCAGAAGCUGGAGGAGGAAGAGCUGGAAGUGCUGCCCCGGCUACGGGAGGGUGCGGCCCGCCUGGGCCAGCAGAGCGCCCACCUGGCUGAGCUCAUCACUGAACUGGAGGGCCGCUGCCAGCUGCCUGCGCUGGGGCUGCUGCAGGACAUCAAGGAUGCCCUGCACAGGAUCCAGGAUGUGAAAUUGCAGCCACCAGAAGUGAUACCCAUGGAGCUGAGGACUGUAUGCAGGGUUCCAGGGCUGGUGGAGACUCUGCAGAGGUUUCGAGGGGAUGUGACCCUGGACCCAGACACUGCCAACCCUGAGCUGAUCUUGUCCGAGGACCGGAGGAGUGUGCAGCGGGGUGACCUGCGCCAGGCCCUGCCUGACAGCCCAGAGCGCUUUGACCCUGGCCCCUGUGUGCUGGGCCAGGAACGCUUUAGUUCCGGGCGCCACUACUGGGAGGUAGAGGUCGGAGACCGCACCAGCUGGGCCCUGGGUGUGUGCAGGGAGGAUGUCAAUAGGAAGGAGAAGGGGGAGCUGUGCACUGGCAACGGCUUCUGGAUCCUGGUCUUCCUGGGGAGCUAUUACAACUCCCCAGAGCGGGGCUUCUCCCCACUGCGAGACCCACCAAGGCGUGUGGGGAUCUUUCUGGACUAUGAGGCAGGACACCUGUCCUUCUACAGUGCCACUGAUGGGUCACUGCUCUUCAUCUUCCCCGAGACCCCUUUCUCAGGGACGCUGCGGCCCCUCUUCUCACCUCUGUCAAGCAGCCCAAUCCCUAUGACCAUUUGCCAGUCGAAAGGAGGGCUCGGGGAUGCCCUGGUUCCCUAAUGACUGGAACCCCCUUUGAGGAGUCCCUUUACUUCUCUGGCUCCUUCUGGCUUUUGGCCAUUGUGGUCAUUUGGAGGACCUAUGAGGAGGGAACGUGUCCUUUGAGCCACAGGAGGAAUGCAUAGUAGUGCCUUUCUGAAUGUGCAUGGGAAAACCUGAAUUCUCACACUCCAGUAAACUGUGUGGGAAGCUCUGUGGCCUCAGUGGCUCUGGCUUGAGGUUCCAGGAGCUUUGCAAGGCCUAUGGGGAACAUUUCAGUAUCUAGGGCCUGCCCAGGCUCUGCUAUCCUGGCAAUCUUGGGCUACAGCCUGGUCAGUCCCCGGGAAGCCUCAUGCACUCACCUCCAUGAAGUUGCUGAGACAGCUCCAAGUCCACUAAUGGUGUCAUGAAAGAGGAAGGCUGGUAAGAGCCUGGCACCACCCUGGAUGUGGUCACUUCAAAAGGAUAGGAGAUAGCAGUCAGUCUUGCAUAAGGGAACUGUGCAGAUUAGUCCCCAAAUAAAGGACCAUCUAGAAAUUGCUCCCAGUGAAGAGAUUCACAUUAGGCAGAUCUGUGGGGCCUGGAAGUCGGAGUAGGGCUCAGGAAUGACACCUGUAAACCCACCCUGUGUUUCUAAAGCCUUUCUGAGUGUCACCAGCUCCACCUUGGCCUCACCAAAGGCUGUGCACAUCCCAUGGGAGCUGGUGUGGGCCACUGGUCACCAGCUAUGCAGUCCCCACACCCCAGGGCAAACGCGAAGGUUUCUGAGAACCAAAAGCAUAUAUAGGAUCCAGGAGUUGGUGCUUGUGAUCAGCUUUGCAGUUUCUUUGCCCUUCUCAAGAAGUUCCUGUUCUUUUUACUCCUCUGUUUUAUUUAUUCUAAGAGCAGAGUUCUCAUAUUGAAUAAACUUAGCCAUUGUCUGUAACCCUGCUGUCUGCUUCUCAGACAGUGCUCUGAUGUGCUAUUCUGGACAGGCAGCCACUUUUCACAUGAAGCAAUGGGGACCCACUGGCAGUGUGUCUGUCCUCUGCUCAUGUGUAUUCAUUCCAUGUAGCUGCCAAAGGGAUUUUCUUUUGUUACUUUGUUAUUUCAGGUAACCUGGUGAACAUUUCCUAUGUGUUCAAUGAGUGCUUUCUUGUGUAGAUGCCCUUUUAUUAAUCAUUCUUUUACAUUUCUGGGGACUUGGAAGAGCACUGUGUGUUCAACACAUUGAACAAAAUCAGUUACUUUGUGUGAUGGGCGUAAGGAGAAGGAUUUUCUCUGGUGAGCCCUGGCAUUUUUCUGGUGGGGUGAGGGUUGCAAUAGCCUGUUUCCCAGUGAUGUGCCCAGGGUUUCCCUUCCCGUUGAACCGGCUUGCUGUAUGUGCCUGGCUGGAGUUAAGUUGGCCAGUUAAGGGCUUUUGAGAUAACCCUUGAUCACCAGCUAGGUGGGCAGCCUUGUGGGUGAGACCAUUGAUAAGCACCAGCAGGACUGUGGCUUUGGCUUUAGAGCAAACCUGGAGAGUAAGAAGAAACAGAUGUCAUGGCUCCUGACCCAAACAUACUGGAUUCUGUUUUCCAGAUGUUUUACCUGUUAGUGCCACUCUCAGUUCCAGGCAAGAGAGAUGGCACCAACACACAGGCCCCAGGCCAAGGAGCUGGCAUCUCAGAAUAAGUGGCAAUAAAUGCUAAAUAAACGUCUCCUAU